AUGCAACAUCAGUUAAAGGCGUGCGGAGACGUGAAAACGUCUUCACGGGCUCAACAAAAUCAUCGGCGAUCAACCGCUGCUUCGGCGAAGAGGUCUGUUGGAGCGGGAAACUCUUUUCUCGCGACAGAUGUGACCAAUCUCGAGAUGAACAGUAACUUUAUGACGAGAAAGUUGAAGAAAAACGGGAACGGAGUGAUUGGCUCGCCACUUUCUAAUGGAUACUUUGGAGCACAGCUUACUGCCAAUAGCUUCAAUUACACCCCACAAGCCAAUCCCUACAGCAAUCUCGAUUUCCAAAUGGCAAUGGGUUCCGGGGAUGUACCGUCUUUGAUGGGAAUGCCUGUUCAUAAGCCUUCAAUGAUGCUUCAGAGCGACCCAUCCAUGGAUUUGACACAGUUCACUGAAGAGUUGCAAGCGAUUCAGAACAUGCCGUUUCAACCGAUUUCUUCUUCUCAAGCUGCGCUUCAAGCGUUUCUUGCUGCGAACGAAGCGGCUUCGAUUGGUUCAUACGGAUUUUCGAAGUCUCAAAUGCUCCCGUCUAACAGUAUGCGCGUUUCCGGAGCAAGGAAAAAUCGAAUUGUCGAGGUUAAAAAUCAAAACGAUCGCCUUUUCCUCGUUCUUAGCGAUCCGCAAGCGUCCGUUUCGACUCGCCCAACUUUGGUUCCAUUGACUCGGCCUCUUCAAAGUGUUGCUCAAAGCUGUUUGGACUUGACCAAGAAGCAGCCAUUCUCAACCGAACCACUCUAUUCUCGCAAAGUUUUCAUCGGCGGUCUUCCAAUUGAUGUACCUGAUGAGGAAGUUUAUGUAACUUUUGGCUCUUUCGGAAAAGUACUGAUUGACUGGCCACGCCGCCCUGAACACAAUGGCAGAGCGAGUGACAUGUACGAAUCGGAAAUGGGACGGCGUAACUUGCGUUCGGUUUCUGGAUACGUUUUCCUCGUUUUCACACACGAGGAUUCGGUUCAAGACCUUGUUAACGCUUGCGAGUUCUAUGACGGAAAGUACUAUCUCCAACUCUCGUCACCAACAAUGCAAGACAAAGCAGUUCAGGUCCGCCCAUGGAGACUUUCGGAUAUAGAUUACUUCUCUGAAGAAAAAGUCACCGUCGAUCCACGGCGCACCGUCUUCAUCGGUGGUGUUCCUCGUCCCACUCGCGCUUGUGAUUUAGCUCGCAGCCUUCAGGACUACUACGGAAAAGUGUCUUAUGUCGGAAUCGAUAUAGACCCAGAGCUGAAGUACCCAAAGGGAGCUGCACGUGUCACUUUCGCCACUGCACAGUCGUUCGUUCGUGCUAUCUCUGGCAGAUUCGUCCAAGUGACUCAUGCGGAGACUAACAAACGCGUUGAAAUCAAGCCAUAUGUGAUGGAAGAUCAGUACUGCGACGAGUGCGAAGGAGAUUUGUGCAAGCACAACUACGCUCCGUACUACUGUGGUGACUCGUCUUGUCUUCAAUAUUACUGCGAAGGAUGUUGGGAUCGGAUGCAUUAUGAGAUGGGUCAAUCUCGCGCGGAUCAUCGUCCGAUGGUUCGCACCGGAGAUCAGACCAGAAUUCUUCCACGUCCACCACAUCAUCCGGCUGCUCAUCACAGUCAUCAACGUCCACAGUAUUUGCUCCAUCAAGAUCAGCUCGACAACCAUCACUCGUCCCGCGGCAACUCGUCGGUCAUCUCGAGAAUCGUCAAUCGCAAUUCGGCUACUAUGUUGGAUCAUGUUCCCGGAAAGCCGUUUUCUGCAAUCUCAGCCUCUUACGGAUAUUGA